AUGACGAAUCAAAGGUUCUCGCUAACCAAGGGCUUAUUCUUCUUCAUCCAAUAUUUCACGGCCAUUGUGCUCAUAUCCCUUCAAUUCGUCGAAAUAUCAACUCGAGAUCCCCGGCGUCCACUGCAGACAUGCUACAUUUGGAGCGUAUGGGAAGCUCUGGCGGCCUUUCUAAUCAUCAUUUCUGUCGACUAUAUUCUGGUCGCACGAAUAUAUGCGCUUUAUCCUCACAACCGAAUUGUCAAAUAUCUAAUAGGUCUCUUCUAUGCGGCAGAGAUAAUUGCUAUCGCAAUUGGUUUUGGGAUGGCGGUCCCUCAAGUCGAAUUCGAUGAACUUUGCACAAUUGUGAAAUCUCCCCGAAUAUUCCUUGUCGCAAUUGGAGCGCCAGUAGCCUUUCAAACGAUACUGUUUGCUGUUACAAUGUGGAAGUUCAUUUCCGUCGUCAGGGUAGGGGGAUGGAAGUAUGCACAUCUUACCAUGGUUCUCGUUCGAGACGGGACGUGGGCUUUCAUUCUUCUAUUCCUACUACUGAUAAGCGAAGCGUUCUUAUAUGGUUUCGCCUCCAAAGCCUAUACCGGUGUGAUGUACGGGAUUAUUCUCAACCUCAAGAAAGCGGGACAUGCCCAAGCUUUGCCUCCCGACUCUUACAUUCUUGACGGAGAGGCGACCAUUAGCUUCGCCACAGCAGGUCAUGGAACAUCCCGAGACUGGGACCCAUACUAUCAACUGCAACCUUGCCGCAACCCGCCAAAGUUGGAGCCAACCUGGAGCCAGCAUGGGCAAAAAAAGACUUGCAAGUCCUCCAGAUAUUCGGGUGGUGGGUUACAAUGCAAAAAUACUAUCAACUACCAAUGGACCUUGUAA